GAGACAGAGGUGAAAGAUGACAACACUGAAUGAAAAAGAAAAAUGAUUCAGAUCAACUUUAAUGUGCUAUUCUAUGAAGACAGUUUGUUUGUUUAUUUCUUUAUUUAUUCAUCUUUUAUUUAUGGAACCUUUAUUUAACUAGGCAAGUCAGUUAAGAACAAAUUCUUAUUUACAAUGACGGCCUACACCGGACAAACCCGGACGACGCUGGGCCAAUUGUGCGCCACCCUAUGGGACUCCCAAUCACGGCCGGUUGUGAUACAGCCUGGAAUAUAGUCAGAACCAGGGUGUCUGUAUGGACUCCUCUAGCACUGAGAUGCAGUGCCUCAGACCGCUCGGGAGCCCCGAGUUCAAGAGGUAAAUGUUAUAACUGGCACAGAAAUACGAACGCAUAGACGCCAAGAGUCCACUUGGCAGACAGGGACGAAGAAGAAAGAGAAGAACAUAUGAUAAAGAAGAUGAUAAAUGAGCUCUGAUGGAGGUUUAGUGUGCAGCUGAACUAUUCUGACAGGGAGUAGUACACUGCAGACGUGUCUUCGUAAUGGAUGUGUACUUUAGGGAGGGGUGGAGGGAUGGAGGGAGUCAUACAGAGAGGAUAGAAAGGGAGGAUGAGUUAUAAUCAGCGAGGAGAGAGAGAAGAAAGGGAGGGAGGGGGAAGCAAGCAAUCUACAGCGUGUAUAGGAGAGAGAGAGGCUGAGUAAAGUUUCUUACCCCGUUACAACAUUUUCCUCGCGCACAGCUGAUCCUCCACACCAAUACAUUCGCGAGCAUCGCUAGGAGGAAUGCAAGGUGUGGUCAUCAUGUUCGGGGUGUGUCUGUCCGUCCUAUUGCUCCUCCCCCUGGCCUCGUCCAUCCCCUCCCCCUCCAGACCUCCCCCAAAACUAUGCAGACGAUGCUGCGACCCCCUGCAGCCCCCAGAAUCCUCUGCUGCACGCCCUGCCCACCACGCCGCCGCCACGCCAGAGGUCCACACCUACAUCAACAUGACCAUACUCAAAGGUGAUAAAGGUGACAGAGGAGAUAAAGGCAUGCCAGGGAAAAAUGGUAAAGAAGGUCCCCAUGGUUACCGGGGUCCCAUGGGUCCUCAAGGGAAUAAGGGCCAGGCGGGCGCCCCGGGAGAUGCCUGUAAGCCGCAGCACUCCUCCUUCUCUGUAGGGAGACGUAAAUCCCUCCACAGUAUAGACUACUACCAGGCCCUGGUGUUUGACACAGUGUUCGUCAACCUCUACGAGCACUUCAACAUGUUCAAAGGUAAAUUCUACUGCUUCGUCCCAGGUAUCUACUUCUUCAACGUGAACAUCCACACGUGGAACUUCAAGGAGACCUACCUCCACCUGAUGCACAACGAUAAGGAGCAGGUGAUCCUGUACGCCCAGCCCAGUGAGAGGUCCAUCAUGCAGAGUCAGAGUGUUAUGAUGGACCUGGCGCUGAACGAUGAGGUGUGGGUCAGGCUCUACAAGAGGGAGAGGGAGAACGCCGUCUAUAGUGAUGACGUGGAUGUCUAUAUUACCUUUAAUGGAUACUUGGUGGCGCCUAGUGUCCAGUGAUCAGAGUGGAGGAAGAGGGGGAGGAAACUCUGUGUUGGAUUUUGGUUGUUUAAAGUAAAGGAGGAAAGAAGAGAGAGAGGGAACUUGCGCCGGUGUUGGAUUUUUGAUUUUGCUUGUGCCUAUAUUGCCUUCAGUGCUCACCAAAUUCAAAUUGAAACUGGGUUGAUUUUGGUUGUCCCUUUGUAGUGCCUUCAGUGCUCACCAAAUGGAAACUCUGGGUUGAUUUUAGUUGUUCCUUUGUAGUGCCUUCAGUGCUCACCAAAUGGAAACUCUGGGUUGAUUUUAGUUGUUCCUUUGUAGUGCUUUCAGUGCUCACCAAAUGGAAACUCUGGGUUGGAUUUUGUUUGUCCUUCCGUUGUGCCUAAAGCAGCCAAUGAUACAAAUGACCUGCACACAUGUUUUCCUCUGCCUUACGAUGUAUUCCUCUCAGGUAUUUUGAUUGGGGAGGAUUGUGGCCACUAAUCAAUGAGAUCGAGAUCACUAUGCAGUGUUGUGUAGUCCCAGUGAGAAAAAUUGGUUGAAAAUAAGUAACUUUUUAACCUUUUCAACAUCUUUUCAACAUAUUUUUUUACCAAUGUCUUUUCAAUGUCUUUUCAGUGUCUUUUCAACAUCUUUUGCUCAUAGGGUGGUUUUGGGACUAGACGUGAAUGGACCCUGCAUUGAACUGUUGCUAUGGUGACCUCGAGGAAAGCUUUAAAAGUGAAAAAGGAGAAAAUGCCAGCCAUAUCAAAUGAAUAUAUAGAGAUUGUUGAGUAAGUAAUGCAAGAUUGUAUUGAUAUAUAUAUUGAUAACUCAGUGUUAUGUGUUUUUAUAGAGAUUUACGUUAAGCUGCAGAGCAGCUUGUAACAUGUAAAUAUUUGUAUAGAUUUUUGUUACCUAAAACGUUUUAUCACUAGACUGGGUGCCAGUUGGUCUUUGCUUUAGCUGAACUGUUGUUGUUGUCACGUCCUGAACACAAUAAGGUACUGUUGCUGAAUGCAGUUUGAAAAAGUUCUGCAUCCAGGCUGGGCUUUCCCUAACCCUAUACCACCAAAAUCUGAAAAUACUGAAUUCCAUUGUAUCAAAACAACACAUACUGAAUCAGAAAAAAUAUAAACCAUACAAUAAUUUCUAAAACCCAUUCAAACUAGAAGCCCAUUCUAAACCAGACCUUCUAGAACCAUUACUCCCCAUUGUCAGUUGAGCAGGUUGAACAGGUGCAUUCUAUCUUUCACCUAGAGGUUAUAGGUCAAACCCUGAGCCCCCUGACCCCUGCCUGUUUCCCACCGUUAGAGUAUACAACCCGUCAUUGGUGUCAAUAUUAGAAUAUGAAAUAGUAUUGCAAUAAAUGGGGAAUAGGGUGCCAAAAGUAGUGCACUAUAUAGGGAAUAUAAGGUGUGUCCUAGUAUGUCAUAUUAGUGCACUAUGUAGGGAAUAUAAGGUGUGUCCUAGUAUGUCAUAGUAGUGCACUAUGUAGGGAAUAUGGGUGCAGUCUGAGAUGAUCAGUUUUGUUUGACAGCUCCAAUGAAAAACCCAACUAAAAGCUAAAGAGAGGGAAAGAACAUCUCCAUGUGUGGUUUGGAUGGUGAUGGUUGAAUUGGUUGCCAGAUGGAUGACCAUAUCUCUCCUAUUACUGCUAAUUCCAUCCCCAGUCCACAGGGACUGGGGCUAAACUGGAGAUAGAGGAGAGACCAACUGGUGAAUUAGGCCAUGACUAGAUAGCUUUGUAGCCAAUUAGAAUAGGCUUUACUGGUGUAGUUCCCUAGGCAAUAGCUCUGUAGCCAAUUAGAAGAGGCCUUACUGGUGUAGUUCCCUAGGCAAUAGCUCUGUAGCCAAUUAGAAUAGGCUUUACUGGUGUAGUUCCCCAGGCAAUAGCUCUGUAGCCAAUUAGAAGAGGCUUUAGUGGUGUAAUUCCCAAGUCAAUAGCUCUGUAGCCAAUUUAAUAGCGUACCAUAGUGAUGUACAUCCUAUGGCUGUUGUACUGUAAGUACCUAUUUCCUGGAUAUCACUCAAAACCAAGAGCAGAAGUUGACACAGUUGGUUUGCUGUACCCAGGAGGCAGAACAGCAUAAAGCAUUGUGGAUUGGGUUAUUACCAUGUGCCCCAAAACACAGCUAUUUAUAACCUCGUUCAAACAAUUGUUCUGUUUCCUACGCGUCUCUACGAAUGCAGAUGCAUUUUUUAAAACUAGCCUGGUCCCAGAUCAGUUUGUGCUGUUUGCCAUGACAAUGACCAUUGCAAGACAGUACAAACAGAUCUGGAACCAGGCUACAGUAAAAGUGAAAAGCAGCCAAACUCAUGUUCCUUCCUAGAUGCAUUUUAUUAGUCCUAUUAGACGGUUGUGUAGUUCUCUUGUAUUUACAGCACUUAGAGCCUUUUAUACCAUCAUUAAAGACAUGGACCCAGUUCAUAACAGUAACUGCUCUAUCUGAGGUAAACAGUAAAGUAGCUUUGAAUCGCCCCACUAUCCUAUAAACGCCAUGCUCUAUAAAAUGAGCCAUAAAGUAAGUUGUGGUGUUGUGUUACCUGUGAAAUAGUGUUGCUAAAACUCCUGCAGUUACUGCUGUUAGAGUUCAAGGUUUAGAUGGGAGGGCGGCUGGGAGCAGUUGGUAUGACAGGCUAUGACAGGUUAUGACGUAUGUUGUAUCAUGCUCGUGGCAUGUUUACAAGCCAGGUUUCUGGAGAAGGGUUCAAGCAGAGUGAUAGCGAGAGUUUUCAAUGACGUCAAUGACGUCCGAUUUCCCCCUGCGUUAAAGUAAGUCACAGCUUUCUCUCUAACACCCUCGCUAUCUCUCUCUCUCUCUCCCUCCCUCUCUCUCUCUCUUUCUCCCUCCCUCCCUCUCUCCUCUCUUUCUCUCUCUCUCCCUCUCUCUCCCUCUCUCUCCCUCUCUCUCCCUCUCUCCCUCUCUCCCUCUC